AUGACUGGAUCACUGACCAACUCCGCCGUCGCGAUGUCACUCCGUAAAACCCUAGCCGCCGUAAUCCAACCUUCAUCGCCGCCAGAUUCCUCAGUCGCCGCCGUUAAUCGUGAAAUCUCAGAACCCUCUCAUUCUUCGCCCUCUUCCUGCAGAAUCACAUUUCGACCCCGUAAAAUCCGGAAAGUUUCAUCAGAUCCUCUCGAUUCGUCGCCGAUGAUCAUCACCGCUUCUCCUCUAUUAUCCAAAUCGACGGUUAAUCUCGCUCUCCUCCAUCUCCAAAGCUCCGACGAACUCCUCAGAACCGUAAUCGCAACCCACAACGAUCCUCCAGUGUUCGAUUCAAGCAGCCCUCCGUUCCUCUCCUUAACCAGAUCCAUACUCUACCAACAACUCGCCACCAAAGCAGCUAAAUGCAUCUACGAUCGAUUCCUCUCUCUCUUCACCGGCGGAGAAUCAGGUGUUCUCCCUGAAUCCCUAAUCUCAAUCUCCGCCGUUGAACUCCGGAAAAUCGGCGUCUCCGGUAGAAAAGCGAGUUACCUUCACGAUUUAGCCGGAAAGUACACAAGCGGUGUACUCUCCGAUGAGAUGAUACUAAAAAUGAGCGACGAAGAGUUGAUUGAUCGGUUAACUUUGGUUAAAGGGAUUGGUGUGUGGACUGUUCAUAUGUUUAUGAUAUUCUCAUUGCAUAGACCUGAUGUUCUACCUGUAGGAGAUCUCGGUGUUCGAAAAGGCGUAAAAGAUCUUUACGGUUUGAAAGAUCUUCCUGGUCCAUUGCAAAUGGAGCAGCUUUGUGAGAAAUGGAGACCUUAUAGGUCUGUUGGUUCAUGGUAUAUGUGGAGGCUAAUCGAGAAAGCGAGAACCAAAUUGUCCAAAUAA